UUGGAGACUGGCUGGUAAACUCCAGGCCUCCCAAAAAAGCGGGGGGGGCAAGGCAGCCGGGUGUGUAAACAAGUAAACGGAGAUGAACAAGGAAGCUCUGCAGUGAGCCCGUGGCCCUGCGUCCCCUCCACUUGCCGCCUGAGCCCAGCCAGAUCCCGGGGGGGAGCGGGGAGGCAGGUGGGGCACAACGCCGUCCCAGCCCCCCAACACCUCCCAGGUCCUGGGUGGAAAGCCCGGGUGCAGGAUAGCAUUGCAGAUGCCGGGCACAGCAAGGCAUGACCGAGAGAUGGCAAUCCAGGCCAAAAGAAACCUCUCUAAAACCACCGACCCCGUAGAAAGACUUCGCCUGCAGUGUUUAGCAAGGGGAUCUGCAGGCAUCAAAGGACUUGGCAGAGUAUUUCGCAUUAUGGAUGAUGACAACAGCAGGACCCUUGAUUUCAAAGAGUUUGUGAAAGGACUAAAUGAUUAUGCUGUGAUGAUAGACAAGGAAGAAGCACAAGCGAUUUUCCGGAUAUUUGAUAAAGAUGGCAGUGGAACAAUUGAUUUUGAUGAAUUUCUUAUUACACUGAGACCUCCCAUGUCGAAUGCAAGAAAAGAGAUCAUCAUGCAGGCAUUUAGGAAGUUAGAUAAGACUGGAGAUGGUGUCAUAACAAUUGAAGACUUACGGGGGGUGUAUAAUGCAAAGCAUCAUCCCAAAUACCAAAACGGAGACUGGACAGAAGAUCAAGUUUUUAGGGCCUUUCUGGAUAAUUUUGAUUCACCCUAUGACAAAGAUGGGAAGGUCACAACAGAAGAGUUCAUGAACUACUAUGCAGGAGUCAGCGCUUCAAUAGACACAGAUGUCUAUUUUAUCAUCAUGAUGAAGAAUGCUUGGAAACUCUGAUCAUAUGAUUAAAGGAGCAAGACUUUACUUCCACCUUUUGUAGGUUCCCAUGAUUAAGUAUAUGCACAACAACACGCUCAUUUUCCAUAACAGCUUGCAGUAACUGUGCCAAUUACAGUCAAUCUGCAGAAAUAAUUCCCCGAUGCUUCAGUAGGCUAAGCCUCAGGGGAUCAGAGCAUAAUCAGAGAGCAGAUCUGGUAUCCAGCCACUCUGCAGAUCUGUCCCUUUCCUCCCUGCAUCCCUGACAUGUCUUGUCUUUUCUGAGGCAAGCUGCUCCUUUCUUCUCAGACAUCCGCAGUAUCUCCCCGUGGCUCCUGAACGUACCCCCUCCUCCAGUGUUAGAGACACCUCUGUUUGACAGAGGAUGCAAGAGGGGGAAACCGAAAUAUUCUGGAAGGGUGGUGGUCUGGGGCAGACUAUUGUAAAUGUGAGGAUGCCUGUCCCAGGAGGGUCACACAGCCCUCUCGCCUGUAGCACUGCAGCAUCUCUUGGCUUCUUGGGUCUCACUUGUGGGACAGAGCAACUGCUCAGCUCUCUGCUGGGAUCACGUGAGUUCCCAGUGCUGGGAGGCUGGAGGGACAAACAAGUCAAGAAGGGGAGGGACAGACCAGAAUAAAUGUAAAAUGCUCUUUAAAGCUCUGUUUUCUCGCUGGCUUACAACUCAGCAUACAGGCAUCUUUCCUAGGCAUGCCUUCUUUCAAAGCUCUGUGGGCCUGCUUAUAGCUUUUUUCCCCUCCUUUGAUUUCUUUCUUUCUGUACUGUGAGAUGAUCUCACUAAUAUUUUUCUUUAAAGGGCAUAUGUGCGUUACAGUAUUUUCUUCUCACUGUUCCUGGAACAUUUACUGGUCUGGUAGCUGUUGUCUCCACACACCUACAUCGAAAGUUGCUUACUACUUUUUGUAUUUAUACUGGCUUAUGAUCAAGCUAUGCCUUCAGGGAACUUUCUGGCAACUCAAAAACUUGUAACAUUCUUGUCUUGUCAUCUUCUGUUUCCAAUGCUGAAAAACGGAUGGGAACCUGCCCUUCUGGUCACACCAAUGAGGCUGUCUCAGUUCUGAGAUCUUCUGUUCUUUCCCCAUACAGAGAGUGGGGAAAUGGUGCACAAAAGAAACUGUAAAAAAAAAAAAAAAAAGGAAAAGAAAAAAGAAGGGAGGGGUGGUGGGGGUGCUGUCUAAUUACUCCUGCCUUGAUUCCUUUUUCUUUUUCUUUCAUCUUCUUUCUGCUUCUCUCACAUCAUUGUACUGCCCUCCCAGACUGAGAUGCUGCUGCUGUAGCAAAGAGUAAGUGGCUUGUGUAUGGCUGCAUUUGCUCUGUUUCAGGCUGGCAGCCAACCGAAAACAGUAUAGGCUUAUAGUCUGGGCUUUCAAAAGAGCUUGACUGUUGAAGUCUCAGGUCUUACUUAGCCUGGGCUGCUAACAGUACAAACACUGAAGUCCUGAGUGCUUGCUGCUCUGGUCCUGUGCAAACUCUGCUUUUGUUUUGUCUGGCUGUGAUCUUGGUACAAGCAAUAGCUGCUUGAAAUUCCUUAGCAAAGGCUGUGCAAACUCAGUUAUCUUCUUUGAUCUGUAAGCCUCCAGAAACUUGCAUACUGGCUGACACUGGAAACUGGUGGAAAGAGUCUCUUUAUGAUUGCCAUUGAUCAUAAGAGGAGCCUUUAUGUACUGCGAUGCUACUGAAGUGCCAACAUACCUUAUAUGAAAAACAGACUUACUAUCAAAUAGAGGCUGUACAAGUCCUGGCA